GAAGGCGACGUGAUCACGGCCGACGGCGACGUGUUGCGCGGCGUGUCGCGCGGCACGCGGCUGCCCGCAGACCCGCGCCAGAUAUCUAUGGGCGAUACGUCACUGGUCCCUCUCUACACAGACGAUGACUACGCGCCCAGCGUUUGCAGCUGUUCCUGCAACUGUUUCGGACCAAAUAGGUCGAUUCCAUACCGCGACCCGCUCUCACCAGUGCCACCAACAAACAUCAAACAGAUCAAGACCAAGUACCGCGAGCUAGGCGGCAUACCGCGCUACAUCGAGAAGGCCUCUUCAAAAACCCGCUCGCAGUCCCUACGCCUCAAUUCUGCCUCUGGAUAUCUAUAUAUGAACGCCAAGAACGACUUUGAAAUCGACCCUCAAGACUUCAAAGAGAUGGUGGCGAAAAGACGAGAGCAGCUACGACGUGGCAUGAUGAUGUAUGAGAUAUGCAAUGAGCAAUACCUCAAUUACAGACACAGCAUCAGUCCUCACAGCUCUCUAUACUCCAUGAACAUGAGAUCAGAGAAAUCCAACGACCCCUUAGUAGACGAUUACGAUUCUGAAAAAUCUAGUUAUGCGAAGAAAAAACUCAUGAAGAACAUAGCGAGGAACACGAGGGUCGAGAACUACUUUUAUGAUGAUGCAGUGCUGCAUUUCGAUGAAGAAUACGCGUUCGAUGGCACAAUAUUGUACGCGAAGAGGAGAAAAAUUGAGCAGAACUGGGACUUUACUUGUGAGUUGCCGAAGAACUAUGAUCAAGUGUCGAACGAUGGGAGCUACGGGUACUACCUCCCGGAUGACGAUCAGGAACAGUACUUUAUCAAUGACACGUUAACGUUCACAUUGCCUCCACACCGAGCGAGUAUAUAGAUUGACUGAUGUUUACUGCUUGAGAUAUAAAAGUUCUAUGAGAUGCAAAAGUUAUUGGAUACUAGAUACUCGAGGAUCCUAAAUCAUUAAAACAUGUCGGUUUCCGAAAACUGGUUUAGGCAAUUACUUUUUUGGACCUUUGUGUUGAGUCUCCAAUUUACUAAUAGAUAGUGGAAAUUUGGACAUAUUUGUACCUACUAAGGCACAUUUUAUCCCGCAUGCUCGAUCUGGGCUGAACCUGAUUCAGUAACAAUCUAAAUUAAUUAACAAUGUCAAUAAACUUGAAAAUUAACUAAAAUAAUGCUUGAAGGCAACGGCUUGUUCCUCUGGCAUUGCUACAGCCCAAGGGCGGCGGAUGGCACGUAACAUCAGCCGGACCCCUAGCUCCUUGAUCUACUCUGACAGUAAAAUGAAGUAAUGAGCACCGCGAUCAAGGUUUAUACUGAUUGGUCUAUUCUUCACAACCCUAAUAUGUUCCAGAAUGUUCGAUAACUUCCCAUUAGACGUAGCAUAUUCAACAAAUCUUUGCAGAUAAUUUUUGAGGCUCCCAUUACUCCUAUUUAUAACUCAAACUUUACACUGAUUGGUCAAUUCUUUACAACCCUAACAAACGUUCCAGAAUGUUCGAUAACUUCCUAUUAGACAUAGAAUACUCAACAAAUCUUUGCAGAUAAUUUUUUGAGGCUCCCAUUGCUCAUAUUUAUAACUCAAACUUUAUAUUGAUUGGUCAAUUCUAUACAACCCUAAUAUGUUCCAGAAUGUUCGAUAACUUCCUAUUAGACAUAGAAUACUCAACAAAUCUUUGCAGAUAAUUUUUUGAGGCUCCCAUUGCUCAUAUUUUUAACUCAAACUUUAUAUUGAUUGGUCAAUUCUAUACAACCCUAAUAUGUUCCAGAAUGUUCGAUAACUUCCCAUGAGACGUAGAAUACUCAACAAAUCUUUGCGAAUAAUUUUUUUGAGGCUCCAUUAGUUCUAUGUAUAACUCAAACUUUAUACUGAUUGGUCAAUUCUUUACAACCCUAAGAAACGUUCCAGAACAUUCGAUAAGUUGCCAUUACUUAUAUUGAUAUAACAACUCAAGUCUUACAUUGAACAAUAAAUCUCAAGCAGUAGCCACAGCGUAUCGUGCCCCAGUGAAAGUGUUGUGAAACGUGCCAAACUUUAUACUUGGAACAUUAGUAUAAGAUAACUAACGGGCCAAUUAAUUAUGGUUAACAUGAUUAGUAUUUUACAAUUUUGCCGGUAGUUUUGAAUAAUAGCUUUUACAAAUAGGAUGAUAUC